UUAUUUUUACCAACAUGCCUGACAUCUGCUUUUACGAUAAUAUGUUAUUCAACUAUGAAACAACAAACAGGACAUAUUUUCAACCUGAAAUAAUCAAUUAUUAUCCCCCAACAUUGUACCAAGAGAAAGUAUCGCAUCCAAGACCAUCAUACAAACCGUUAAAUAAUAUCCAUACUCUUACCGAGUACAAGAAACACGAUUUACCUACGGAAUUAUUUGCAAACCAAAAGGAAAUUAUCCGUAAAGAUGCUCAUAAAGUCCACAGCACUGGCAUUGAAAAUCCUGUGGAAAAGGGGUUAACUCUUGCUCAAGCGACGCAGCCUCGUCUCGUAAUGCCACCUGCACUAAGUAUGGAUGAUAUUAAAGAUUCUAGUGUCCGCAAAUUGCUCAUAAAGGACAUCUAUAAAUCUAGUGUUAAUGUGAUGCAAACAGAUGUGUCGACAGCAGGUGGAGGAUAUCGCGCAUCGCUAGACGGAAAAUACUCGCCGGCGAAUCCGAUGGCGUUAGCAAAACUUCAAAUACCGGUAGUACCACCUGAAUGGCGAAUGGAUUCGGUGACUUGGGACAACAGACAAGUUCGUGGACACUGCAAUCCAGAUAAGUCAUUUUACUUGUCUCAGCCCUUAAGGUGCGAAGUCUGCAUCUCCACAUCCGAAAGAAAAGCUCAGAAGAAAACCAAAUAUUCAAACAACAAGCUUUAUUAGUAUAGACAAAAUAUACAUUAAAUUUUCGUAGAUCAACGUGAAUACAAUUUUAG